AUGCGUUCUCACAGUACCUUGUUGCGUGGCGUGCUCACGCUUGUAGCCAUCGCAUCUUGUCUCGUUAUCCUCCUGACAGUCUUUCACAUCAAACUAGCAGACGGUUUAUCUAUUAUACCAGUCCAAGAACGACCAUUCUUCUACGAGCAACAACCAAAUAACCAAUCACCUGCAAAAGACACCAAAGAGCCCUCCCACCAAGACGACGAUGCCGAAGCAUACCUCGAGCAGAGUGAACAGCACCAGGAUCAUGAUUAUCGUCUUCUUACAAGCUUGAGGAAUAACAUGGGCUUUUAUAACAAGAUCGAUGCGAGGUUGACGGGGCACCAACUUAUGAACCCGACGCUUCUUGAACUCCCUCGCAAUGGGAACAGUACCCACGACUUUUUGGUCAUCGCGCGCGCACCCCACGUAUUUAAAAAGAUCAAGGGCAAACGAUACAAACUCGCUCGACAGGUUGCGACGUUUGCGAACCUUACAUACAACAAUCUUGGCCGUCCAGUGCUGAAGACGGGCGAGUGGUCGAGACUCUUGGUCAAUGACUUUGGUGGCCCGGAACAUCAUUGCCAGAAGCAACCCGACAUGGAUCGUUAUAUUGGCCCCGAAGACAUGAAGCUCUUUUGGACUCGCGUCGGUGAACCGCUUCUUAUCUUUACGCAUCAGGUUGAUGAUGAAGUUAUGUGUCAGGGUCAGUUCAUUAUUGACGUGCGCGCUGCUAUGCCUGAGCUCGAACAAGCUCUUGGACCCGAGACAACAGCUCUCCUCCCACCAAUUCGCUUCAGUGAACCAACUGGUCUUCGCCGCGAAGCCCCAGAAGGCCAAGAAUCACAUCCCCGAUACCAGCGCGAAAAGAAUUGGGCGCCCGCUCAAUCUCCCUUCAGCAGCGACGAUGAGCUUCUUCUCAUGGUUGAGCCAGGCCAACUCUACCGCUACACAUCAAACGAAGACCCCGUCGAGCCCGUUGUCAGUGCCAAAGACCAGCUGUCAGCCGUCCAAGAGCCUUACCCACCAAACGCCGAGGCUGGAGCUACUUGGCACGCUCAGCGUAGACAGACGUGUAUGCACGAUGUGAUGCUGGACGAUAGGCACGUCCACCAGAGCUCGCCAAUGCUGAGCGUUACUCUUUGCAACAGAGGGACAUGCGAGCCCAAUGAGCAGAACACAGUCAUGGUGGGCAUUGUACAGCGACGCCUGGACCCGCCCAUGUCGCCGUUUACGUGGUACGACCGACGGGUAGCGGUAUACGAGUCUGCGCCUCCGUAUCGAAUGAUCAGCGUGAGCAAGAAGCUGACAUACCACGGAGAGUCAGAUGGACGCUACGUCUGGACAGGUUCCAUGGUUUACUAUACGAACCAAACACGAUUCCCACCAUCAAAUCAUGGCUUUUUGGAUGAUGAGGUGUGGUUGAGCUUUGGCAUCAAAGAUUCAGCUGCCGGGUGGUUGGAUGUACGGGCAAGGGAUUUGGUGGCCGAUCAUUACCUGUGUCAGGGUGCUUCAGAGGGUUACAGGGAUUCUAGACAGGGCAUUUCAGCAUAA